UCUCCUAUUCUGCAGAAAAGAAAUUAAAAGAAACCUAAUCUCUGUCUCUGGCUGAUUCUUUGCAGGUUAUGACAAAAUAAACCUAUCAUUUUUGGAGGCUCGUCCGGAAUUCCCAACAUACCCGCCGCUGAUGGACGGAGAAAGACGCGCUGAAAACUGCCGGCAGUCAGGUUCUUUAACCUGAAAGUCCCGGGGGGUAAAUUCCUCGCUGGGCCAGUGUCUUAGGUCAACCUCUUUCUGCCAACGGCGGAUUGACGGGACUCAGAACCGAGACAGAGCAGGAAUCAGCCAAGACCUCCAGGUGGUGAAACCAGGCGAUUGGGUUUUCAUCAAGGCCAUUAAGAGACAGAACUGGGCCUGCCCACGGUGGGAGGGACCGUUUCAAGUGCUUUUGACCACUCCCACUGCAGUAAAGAUCGCUGAGAGACCAUCCUGGAUUCACCUCAGCCACUGUAAGUUGCAGAGAGUGUUGGAGACCUAGGUGGGGGCAGUGGGGAAAUCUGACUACAAAGGGGCGUGGCUUUAUAGGGUUACGGAUCUCAAGGUCAGCGAAGAACUCAUCACAUCCCUGUUCCAUAGAGUCCUAGGUAAACUCUAACAUCUCUGUAACCGAGCAAAGAUGGGGUCCUCAUGGAGAUGGGUCCUCUUUUGUGCUGUGGCUGCUGUGUGCGUGUCCUGUUUUUUCAGUCCAACCUCACUGAUCCAUCUGGGGAGAAGAUUUGUCCAUACCACUGCUAUGAAGAUCUGGCUAGGACACCUUCCAGACCAUCACCAUGACAACAUAUGGCAGACUUAUGUGGAGAUGUUGGCCAAAGAACGGAACAUGACCAACUGCUACGUCUGCUCGGUGAUGCCAAAGUCUACCAGGAAACCUACUCUGUAUGUCAGUCCCAUGAACAGGUCCCAAGCUGUCUGUUUUGCCUCUUGUGCUUUACGUUUCAUGCCAGCGACUCCAGACAACACUUCAGAUGGUGACAUCCUGAUGAAAAGGGUGUGCACUGGCGUGAUGCCUAUCUUCACCUACAGUAAUGUUACUGGAUACCCAUCACGGAUGAGAGCUGUCACGAUGCCAGGGACAAAACAUCCGGUCUGUAUCCAUUCUCCACCAGGAAACUGGACUGUUCGGGUAGGCCAUGUACCUGGAUGCCAGCAAAAUAUUACUGAUUUAUUUCCUAGCUCCGUUUGUCCACGUGCUGAUGGGACUCUAAUUCCAUGUCCCAUGUGGACACCUCGAGGAAAUUAUCCCACUGAGGGUGGUUGGUUUCUGUGUGGAGGAAGUAAUAUCUAUGCGUCGCUACCCAUGAACUGGUCAGGUACUUGUGCUCCUGUGUUUGUCUCUGAUCAUACCAUCAUUGUAUCUACUGCAGCAGUACACUCCCAUCACCUGCGACGGCGGAGAAAUUCAGAAAUUGUUUUCCAGCCACAUGAUCCUAUCUGGGGUUCAAAUGUUCCCAAAGAACACAAACAUUGGAGUACUGCUGAGAAAUGGGGACUGUCAAUUUUUCCAUGGGUUGGAGUAGCAAAAUCUAUGCUGAUGAUUGAAACUUUGGAUUACAGAAUGAAGACCCUGGUAAAUAUUACCAUGGACAUUGAGAGAGGACAGAAUCAACAACUUAGUGAAUUGCGACUGAUGGUUCUCCAAAACAGGAUGGUGUUGGACAUACUUACAGCUAGUCAGGGUGGUGUGUGUGUAAUGAUAGGAACAUCUUGUUGUACUUAUAUUUCUGAUGCUAAUGAAACUCAUAUUGCUGAAGCCAUGUCUGCCUUAAAGAAUCUGCAACAAGCCAUGUUACAGGAUGCUGUUCCCUCACAAGGAGAUUUCCUUUCUUGGUUCAUAUCUGGACCAUGGUGGCACCUGCUGUUGAAAUUAAUGAUGCCUCUUCUUAUUAUUCUUUUCUUGUUUUGUAUUUUUACUGCCUGCAUAAUCCCAUGUCUAAAAUCUCUGAUAGCCAAAACUGUUGGACAUGUUCUAUAUCAAUAUCAACUUGUUGCCUCUAUCACUGAGGGGCACCCUGAUGUCUAACGUUAUGAUGGAUGCAUUGAAAAUGUGCCAACAAGUGAUGUAUUCCUGAUGUCUGUGUUAGACUUCAUGCAUAAUAUGAAAAACAGGUGGGAAAUGUUAGAAAAAUUAUCCUC